AUGGGCUCCUCAAACGCUACCAUCUCCCACGAAGAGGAAUCCGAUCGAUUCCUCGACGCACCAGACGAAUUCUACUACGAUUGCAUUUCCCCGAUCCGUCGCCAUUCCCACCGUCAAUAUUCAUCUCCCUCCGCCGCGACUCUCCGUCGUAGAAAGUCAACACCUUUACGAAAUUCGAUUCGUUCCGAUGUAGAAACUGAACCGUCUUCUUCCUCCUCUUCCAAUGGAUUAGAGAAAUCGAGCUGUGACGUAAUCGAAUCAUCAACCAAUGACCUAAUUGACCUAUCUCCAGAGAAAGACGACGACUUUGUCGUAUCUGAUUCGGGUCAGGACCGGGUCGACCCGGUUCCCGAAGAGAAAACGAAAGAAUCCACGGAUGUAACGGAUUCGGGUCGGGACCGGGUUGACCCGGUUCAGGAAGAGAAAACCGAAGAAUCCACGGAUGUAACAGAUUCGGGUCGGGCCCGGGUUGACCCGAUUCAGGAAGAGAAAACGAAAGAAUCCACGGAUGUAACGGAUUCGGGUCAGGACCGGGUUGACCCGGUUCACGAAGAGAAAACCGAAGAAUCCAUGGAUGUGACGGAUUCGGGUCGGACCCGGGUUGACCCGGUUCAGGAAGGCGUUAGCUUAACUGAAGAAUCCACGGUGACCACCGUGAGCAACGACAGUCCACGAUCAUCACCACCACCGGAGCUCCAAGAACCCGAUUCAACAGAUUGGUCUCUCCUUGGCUAUUUGCUUAAUCUAAUAUUCAAAGCAAUCGAAUUUCAAUUCAAUUUGGUCAUCAGUCUUUUCAAGUAUCCACCUUUAUUACUCCACUGGUGUUUCCUCUUCAUGUUUGAUCCCUUUAGCACCAUUAAGCUAGUCAGACGUCUCUUAACGACACAAGUUGGAGUGAUAACUGAUAUAGUGUUAGGAGCCUUUAAGCUUGGUUGGUUAAAAGACACCAAACGUAUGUUGAACGUUGCGUGGAAGUUUGGAUGGGGUUUGUUUUGGGCUGUGUACGUUGGUCUUGUUCUGUUUGGUUUGUUUGUUUUGGCUCUUAUGCUUGGUGGGUUUAUGAUAAACCGUGUUGCUGAUAAACCGUUUGUACUCAAGGAGGUUUUGAAUUUCGAUUACACUAAGAAUAGUCCUGAAGCGUUUGUGCCUAUAACCUCGUGUGAUGGAAGUUGCAAGGAGGGUAAUGAGAUGUUGAAGGUCAGAGGUGUUCGAGCUAUCCCUCGUGACCAUAAGUUAGAGAUCACUCUUUUCAUGACGUUGCCUGAGUCUGAGUAUAAUAAAAACCUCGGCAUGUUUCAGGUUCGUGUGGACUUCUUAUCUGCGGAUGGUCAAACGCUUAACAGUAUUCGGCGUCCGUGCAUGUUGAGAUUCAGAAGCCAACCUAUCCGUCUUGUUCAGACAUUUUUAAAAAUGGUUCCGUUAGUUACAGGAUACGUCUCUGAGAUACAAACAAUGAGCUUGAAGCUGAAAGGCUUUGCAGAAAAGGACGUUCCCACUGCUUGCUUGAAGGUAAUGAUCGAACAAAGGGCUGAGUUUAGACCUGGUGCAGGUAUUCCAGAGCUGUAUGAUGCAUCCCUCUCGCUUGAAUCAGAUCUUCCUUUCUUCAAGAAAAUUAUAUGGAAAUGGAGGAAGACUUUGUAUGUAUGGAUUAGUAUGAGUCUGUUCGUUAUGGAGUUGCUUUUUGCGUUGGUUUGUUGCAGACCUUUGGUAAUACCAAGAACACGAAGUAGAGACAGACCAACUUCAAAUCAGACUGGCCGUAGAUGA